CCACAGCAGACAAUCGACCAUUCCGCUUCCUCCCCUCGCUUGCCUCGACCUCAUCUUUCCGCACAUCCACCUCACACCGCAGCUUCGCAAGCAUGUUCGCAUCACGCCGUCUCGCAGUCUCGGCCGCGCGCACAUCUCCCGUCCGUGCCGCUUUCGCACGCCAACAAUCCACCGCCGCCGCUAUCACCCCCGCCGCUCUGUCGCAAAUCGAGACACGAUGGGCAAAACUCCCAGAAUGCGAACAGGGUGCGAUAGCCGACUUCCUCGCUGAGAAGCAAAAGGGCGACUGGAAGAAGUUGACCCUUGAAGAGAAGCGUGCUGCUUACUUCAUCGCAUACGGUCCUUACGGCGCGAGGUCUCCUCAUGACCCCGCCAUGAAGUGGAAGGUUCUUCUCUGGUCUAGCACUUUCGUUGGUGUUUCACUUGGAAUGUGGUUCUACUGGACCAAGGAAGUUGUCCCCGAACUCCGCACGCACAGCCCCGAAUGGAAGGCCGAGGAGGAGCGUCGCGCCAUCGAGAACAAGCAGAACCCUUACACGGGUACCUACGCGCAGUACCGCCACGCCAUCGACGGAAAGUCUCACUAGAUGCAACCAAAAAAGUCGUUCCCCAAAUUCCCAUGACUUUUUUAAUUAUUACCAAUGCCGAAUUGAAAGAAAUCGAACAAAACACAAAUCUCGG